GCUCCCAUUUUCCCGAUUUCAUGCCGAAUCUGAAAUUAGUCAUCAGCCGGCGGCCUCUUCACUUAUUUUGAAAAAUACUCUGCUCAGUGUUAGUGAGUUAGUACGUUUACCUCUAACUUAAUUCCUGAGAACCCAUAAGUCAGCCAGCUUCUCGCAAACCUUCCCUUGUUAAAGAAGAAAAAGUUCAUCAGAAACGUCAUAUCAAAAUGUCCAACAUGCAAGUUUCGAUUCCACAAAGCGGUGCCGUUAGCACUGCGAAAAAGGAAGAGGAGAGCGAGUCAGUGGAGGAAACGACUUUAACAGAGAUUGAAAAGGAUCUAGGCCACUCAAAAAUGCACCAGAAAACCGCUACCUUCGAGGGCCAAGAAAAUACCUCCUUAGUCGAAGACAACCGCACCCAAAAAACUGAGUCGAGCAAGAAUGUGAUGCAACAAGAAACCAGCACCGUAUCGGCCAACAAACAGGACCUUGACGAAGAGAGAAGCUCUAGCCCACGCCCCCCUGAAAAGCACUAUUACCAACCACUACCAUUGGAACCAACCCACAAUGAACCAGUAAAACCAUUUGAACCCAUCACAAAGUUUGAACCGCUAAAACCAUUUGAACCUUUAAAACCGUUCGAACCACCCGAAUCGUUUAAACUAACAAAACAAAUUGAGGCCCAUACGAAUAAAAGUGUUGAUCAAGAAGUCCUUGGUGAGACAAUUGAAAGUAUUUAUUGCGAAGCACUCUCAAAAAUUAGUCAAAACGAUGAAGAAAAAUUUCAAAAAAAUGAAACUGGCAAACUUGAUAAAAACGCACGAGAAACAAUAAGCAAAAUGUCUGAAUCAGAUCAGAAUCCAGAAGAAGGUUACAGCCUUCAAAUGAAUAUCCCACCUCCACUAGACCACACCCAAUUCUUCGAAAAAGAUUUUAUUGAUGCAAACAACAACAGUGAAGUUUCCUCGUGGCUUCCACCAGGAUAUAUUCCAGUAGAAGCUCUUUCGCCUUUAAAGCUUUCUGACUUGGAACCACCUAAAUUCAGUGGACAUGCAGAUGCUCCACCCCAAAUCACGUUGACAAGUGAUAGUAAUACUGAUGUUCCGCGUGUACUUCAGUCUUGUGACAGGAGUACUAGGGCAGAAAUUGAAGAGGAGAACAUUAAAAAAGAGUUGAAGGGGAUCAUAUCGGAUUUGGAUAAUUAUGCCGAAGCGGAUAGAGCACUACGAGGGGAUGUUUUGAAGCAGAUAAAUCAAGAAUUUAUGGGAAAACAUGGAGAAGCCAAUGGUUAUGAAUCGGAUGAAAACGCCAUACCGAAACCUAUCAACAUUGAAAAAAUCUUUACACCAGCUGAAGGAGAUCAGAUUCAACCUAAAUCUGCUAGAAAGAUGUUUGCAUCAUCAGCCUUCUACGAAAAAGGUUUUCAUCCCACGGUUGAGGACCAGGUAGAGUUGGCAAAGAGAAUUUCUAGCUCGUUGAGUGACAUCAGUAAUCAAACUAGCAAAGGUCUGCAGAUGUACGCUAACAGGAAGAAACGGUCGGUUAAGUGGGUGCAUGAAGGCGAAGGCCGUGGAACGAACAACGCGGAUUCCAACGAUGGCUCAAACAAAUUCAAAGACCCGCUUCAACUUGUUAUGAACCCGGCUGGAAAAAUCCAGGACAUUAAUACUCUGAAAAAACAAGGCUACAGCUUUGAAACCGCCUUAUCUCCGGAAGCUUGUUUGGAAAUAGUCAAAGGGCUUAAUUCUCCCAAAGGAAAAGGGGCUGAAUUAUUCGCUAAACGACGCAAACGAUCGGAAAAGUGGGUGGUAGCAGAAACCAAUGGUACCAGACCGCCGUCUACCAUACCAGAUGUUUUAUUAGCUACAUCCCCUACACCAACAUUACCGCCGCUUACACCCACCGGAAAUAUACCGCCAUCGAGUUAUUUACCGGAAACCCAGCAGCGAUUGGCUCACAAGGAAAAACUUGACGAGAUACAGGAAAAGUUUACUCGUCCUCGUAUCAAAUUAAUAAAAUCACCUUGGGACGCAGCUUUGGAAACCGGUUCGGUAGAGGCUGCUUUCCAGGAAGAACCAACUUGGCCUACGAAAGGCAAUUUCGUAGCACCAGCUGUCAAUUCGUACGAAGAAGCUAUUAAAAGCGACAAUCUGGCUUCGUGGACUAUACCUAAGUCAAAUGGGUACAAUGAGCAGAAAACCUUUGCUCAUAAUCCAGCCUACAAUAGCCAAAGCAUUAACAGAAUAGUGGAAAACUUGCAAUCGGGCAACAAUGGCGUGGACGUCUACAAACCGGCCCUACCCCAAGCUUGGAACUCUGGACCAGCUAGAAAACAACAAUACAGCUCUGCUACUCUACCAAGAUCGCAACCAAAAUCUCCUCAAGUACCCACCAACUACAAACCUCAGGCUCCACUACCUGUUUUCGUACCAAAAGAAUCUACCUGCCCAUUGCCCAGUCUCUACGCUCCAGCUUACAACGCCCACCAAACACAACCAGGAUACCAACCACAGGCACCACCUAAUUAUUCUCCGACGCACACCUACGACGAUUCACUGCUGUCCACCCCCUUGCCUUCUCAAAACCCUCAGAAGAAGAUUAAUUUUGAUCAUUUGCAAAAUUAUAAUACAGCGGCCCGGGGGUGGGGACAAUGCAGGGAUGUUUACAGACCCAUGACGUUUGAGAAGCCGAAGUCACCUUAUUCGGAUUUUUAGAGAGGCGGCAUCAAAAACUCUAAUAACUAAAUAAGUGUUAAAUAUUUCUUUAUUCACGUAUUUUCAGUAAAUCGCACUUUCUUUAAACAAUGGUAUCUAGUUAUUUAGGGAAAAUAGGUAUUUCUUAUCAUACAUGGAUUGAGUUCUAAAGUAGGUGCGCUAUACUUUAUAUUUUUGAGAAAGGCGAACUAAAAUAUUUGGAAGCACUUUGAUGAAACUAUAAGUAAACUAACAUAUUAUAAUGUAUCAUGGAUGUUCAAACAAAAAAAUGAUGAUGACUCUCUGAGACCUAGAGCAAUAAUUAAUGAUAAUUACCCAUGUCUAUAUUUUUUCUCUCCACUUGAAGACGAAACAUUUAUAAAAUGAAUUAGGAUUAGUACAAAAACGGGCGAUAUGCUGAAAUCAUCUGGGCAGUGAACAGAUACAUUUCGGAAAUGUAUACAACGAAAAGCAACAGAAUGUGAACUAUGGAGACCAAAAAUAAAUUCAGGACGACUUAUGUUGAGAUAAUUAUGAUGAAUAUCACAGAAAAAUACCCAGAAGGAGAAAAUGGGUAGGUGAAUAUAGCAUGACAGUAUAAAUGGAAAAGCAAUACCUAUGUUCAAUUAUGGACAAAAAAUAUUGGAUAAAGAGAAAGAAAGACUUCCAAAGAGCUUGUAGGUACAAAUACCAAGAAAAAAUACUGCCUCAGGUUGAGUAACGAUUUGCUAACUACAACCACGGUGGUCAUUUGUACUUACAUGAAAUAUGUGUUCGAAUUUUUUUUUUUGAACAUCCAUAGAUAGGUACUUGGUAGAAAAACAUUUGGCUUGAUGAUAGUAGUGUAGUCUUUAUUCGUUCAAAAAAUUAGGUUUGUAAGAAUUGAUUAUUUAUCAAUGAUUAAUAAUCCUAUGAUAGAAUUAUGUGUUGUGUAUAUCGCUCUCUUGCCUCGAUUUCGUCCAAUCCUUUACAAAGGAUUGCCGUACAGAAAAUAUGUGGUUUAUGCUAUGAAGAUCAAACUUUCUAAUCAUUAUGUACAUAAAAGUUUAAUUAUUAUUUACUAACUUUUUGCCACAAAUAUAUUGCUGAAGUAUUUAUUGUAUGCCAACACAAAAGAUCUGUUUGAUCUUGGAACAACAAGCAACUAGCUAUAAGGUAACUACCUAUUUAUUUCUGUUUUAAGAGAUGAUUUUUGUGAGCUAUUCUGAGUGUUUCGCGUUUAGUUUUCGAAUAUUUUUUCUCGAGUUGACUUGUGUAUAAUCGUUUCUAUGAAUUGUUACUGUGUUUAUUUAUUUAUUUAUUAAUAAUAUUAUGUAAUUGUUGUUUUGGUUAUUCAAAUAAAAAACAAAUAAAUGAAAGUUUUUGUUGGUUGCCA